AUGUCGGGCCUUGCGCAUUUAGGGCGCCGGAGCGGCAGCUUCACAAUCGAUCUCACGGGCGAUGACGAUCUGGAUAUUGAGGGUCUUCAGCCUUCGCCCAAGCGCGCCCGGGCUCACGCGGCCGCUCGCGUCGCAGCCCAGCCAGAAUGCAUCGAGCUCCUGGACAGCUCAGAUGACAGCAGCAUCGAUGACGGCGAUGCUGCUACCGAAAGCGAAGAAUCCGAAAUAAAUAGUCCGGGAAACGUAGGUUGUGGACAACGUGGCCGCCGUGGGUCAGCUAACCCCAGGAUGGGCGGCCACAUGUCUUCUAUCGGUGGAACGGUGGCCCUGGAGCAGGGCCCACACCAAUUCAGGAACGGUGCCAACAACAACGGAGCGUUCAACUCCAAAAACAGAGCAGCCGAGCUUAAAGACAGAGCGGCUAAUCCCAGCGUCCCUUCCCCUGCUGCGCCCGACCAGCCCGAUAACCAAGAUGCUAUCAACGCCAUCAUCGCAGCCGCACAUGGUGUCGUGGCGGGACGAGUGGCGACGGCAACAACCGCCGCAAUGCCGGCAGCAGUACCCAUCGCGGAAGCUACCGACGCCAACCCGUGCGGUGGCGGUGGCGGGGGCGGGGGCGGUUUUGACGCUGCCGCAGCGGAAGCUUGCGGUGGCGGGGUCGCCGUCGCCGCUGCCGCCGCCGCGCGUGACGCCGAUGAAGGUGGUGGCGGCGAGGACAGUAGAUCCGACUCCGAUGUGGAAGUGGUGCAGAUGAAGGGCCAGUGCUACUGCUUCGUGUGCGAUGUGAAGGCGUCGGAGUGUCAGUUCUGGGGCACAGGUGCUAGUUCGCGCGAUCACGCCAACGCCCGACCCGGCUGUCCCUGGAGCAGACUUCGCGUGGCCGUCCGGAACACGCGCGACCCGGUUGCGAAAAGGGAGCUCCUAGCCGCCGAGUUCGAGGGCCGGAAGGCGCCACAGCCGCAGCAGCGGGGACCGGCGGUGGUGGCGGCGGCAGCCACCAACGUCGCCGGCGGCGGCGGCAUUUCUCUCCCUUCUUUUUGGCCGGGGGAUGGGGAUGGGGACGGCGGACGACUGGCAGUCGGUGGUGCUGGUGGUGUUCACCCCGCCGGGGGGCCCCCGCAGCAUCACCUGCGGCCGCUCUGCCCGAGUUACCCCUUCCGGCCAGGAGCGAGGUGCCGGGAGAACUGGAUGUGCUGCGCGCAGUCCCAGGCCCAGCCGGCGCCAGCGCCAGCGUCGACGUCGUUGCCAGCGGCGGCAGUGGCGGUGGCGGAGCCGUGGAGAUUUACCGUACCGCUGAGCCUCAGUCGGCUGAGGCAGCAAUCACCAACGUCACCGCAGCAGCAGCAGCAGCAACAGCAGCAACAACAGGUUGCGGCGGCGGCACAGUCGCCGGCGGUUGUGAUUUCUCUGGAUGACGAGGAUAUGCGUUCAUUUCUAGAGGAGAUGCUCAGCGCCGCCCAAAACAUGACGUCAGGUGCUCAGGCUCUGCACGCCGUCCGUGUAAACAGCGUCCAAGCGCUUCGUAGCAGUGGCAAUACCGGCGGCGGCAGCGCCGCCGAAGCCACCGCCGCCGCCGCCGCCAACGGCGGUGCUGUAGCUGCUCGCACAGGCAGCCCUGCCAAGAUAGCAGCGGUGGACGCGGAGGAGUUGGAGGAGGCGGAGGAGGUGAAGGAGGCGGAGGAGGUGGAGGACGCAGCCGCGGCGGCGGCGACCAUGACGUCGGGCGAGCGUGUAGGGCUAUCUUUGGAUGCCGUAGCAGCAGCAGCAGCAGCUGCAGCCUUUAGAGUCGUUCCUGGGUCGGCAAAAGGGCCAGUGAUUGAAGGACGCUCGGCAGACGGUAUCGGCGACAGCAUCGCCAACCGGGCCGGAAAGGACGGAGACGCCGGGGCCGGCAGGGAGGGGGCCGCCAGGGGCGGCGACAGCCGCCUCGGCCUCGAUGAUGAAGUCGGCAAGGGGGCCUCCGGAAGUGGACUCCCGGUACGGCGUGUACGACUGAAGCUUCGGUUGUCACGUUAUUUGGGCCCACAAGAGGAGCAGCCGCCGCAGCAGCAGCAGCAGCAAGGACGGGGUGAGCUUGAACAGCAUCAAAGCCAGCACAAAGAAGAGCAGCCGCCGCCGCCGCAGCAGCAGCAGCAGCAAGGACAGGGGGAACUUGAACAGCAUCAAAGCCAGCACAAAGAAGAGCAGCCGCCGCCGCCGCAGCAGCAGCAAGGACAGGGGGAACUUGAACAGCAUCAAAGCCAGCACGAAGAGCAGCCGCCGCCGCAGCAGCAGCAGCAAGGACAGGGGGAACUUGAACAGCAUCAAAGCCAGCACGAAGAAGAGCAGCAGCAGCAGAGGCAGGAGCCGCAGCAGCAGGAGCAGGAGCAGCAGGAGCACAAAGAUCAGGAUCAGGGUCAUCAAAUUGAGCAAUUGAGUUUGGGAAUUGCGUUGGAAGGCACAUCGGCUUAUGAUGCCAGUGACUAA